AUGUUGCGAAAACUUGGCUUAUCUUCCUCUGGAAUAUGGAAGCCGAAAAAUCCCCAUUCUCUUGAAUAUUUAAAAUAUCUUUGUGGGAUUCUUGAAAAGAACCGAACUGUUGUGGAGAGCAACAAAACUCUUUUAGUGGAAGCUUUAAGAGCUACGGCAGAAAUACUUAUUUGGGGAGAUCAAAACGAUGCUUCUGUUUUUGAUUUCUUUCUGGAAAGGCAGGUCCUCUCGCAUUUUUUGAGUAUUAUGGAGCAGAAAUGUGGAUCGUAUGUUAUUGUGCAGCUUCUACAGACAUUGAAUAUACUGUUUGAGAAUAUUAAGCAUGAUACCUCGUUAUGUGAGUUUACAUGGAGAUUUCGACAUUCCACUCAGGAGUUUCCACUUUAUACUGAAGUUAUAAAGUUUUUCAACCACAACGAAAGUAUGGUCCGGAUUGCUGUUCGGACGAUUACACUUAAUAUCUAUAAAGUUAAAGAGGGUUCGAUGCACGCUUUUAUAAGGUUGAAUUCUCGUGAUUACUUUUGCUCGGUAGUUGACAAUACGGCUUCACAUGCAGUUGAUAUUGAUCAUUUCGCCCGUUCUGCAGAAAACGAAGCAACGAAUCGCAGCCGUUUGGAUGAUUUAAUUAGUGAACAUUUGGAUCAUAUUCACUACCUCAAUGAUAUUUUUCUAGUUAAAGAUGCACUUCUGUCGGAAAUGUUAUCCGAAAUGGUCUUCCGACGACUUAUUGCUGCACUUUAUUUGCCAUCUUUGAAUUCGCUUCGUUUAUGUCCGUCGGCCGUAGUUUUAACGCCUGUUACUUCUUUAUUUCUUCUUUCCCAGUUUUUACUGAUUGUAACCGAAACACAGGCAAGUGAUUUUACCUGCGAAGUUCUUAAUAAUUUUUGUCAGUGGAGCCGUGAACAAGAUGGGGUCUUAAGUUUGGUCAAUAUGCCAACUAUCAAGGCGGCAACAUCAAGGGUUUUUUUCAACAGUUAUCUGGAUUGUAUGUGCUGCGACCGUAAUGACCACGCAACCUUCUACUGUUUGAUUCUUCUUUAUGCUAUUUGCCAAAAUGAAGGUGUAAUGGAUGAGAUACUAGAAGCAGCUCAGAUCAAACCAAACUCUAGUUCUUCUGGCGAAGCAAACCUGAUGGCUGCAUUAUUUGGGAUUUUAACUGCUUCAGCUAACAAAGGAAGGACUGUUCGCCCGGUGACCUUGGAAUUAUGCUGCAUAUUGUUAAGGCGUUUGCUGCUUGAUACGGAUCCUGACUCGGAAGUUCAUGCGCAGUGUGAUAAAGUUGCUACAGAUGCUCGGUCUCUUUUGGUACGCAGUCUCUCUGCCGCUGUAUAUUCGGAGGAGUUGUUUCUUGAAAUGUUUGAGGACGAGUAUUAUGAUUUUGAAAGAAAUGUGUUUCGCCUAUCAUCAAUAAGUACUGAACCCGAUCUCUUGUUGCCUCCUUCAAAUAGUUCUUUGAGUGGAGUUGCGUUAAGCAAACGCCUACCGAGUGGCAGUGAGGAACAAAUUCGGAUGGACAUUCUGCUGUACUUGCACUUGCGGAAAUUUAUACUAGAUCUGCGUGGAGAAAGUGAAACUAUCUUACCCUUGAAAGUGAAAACAGAACAGUCAGCUGAAAUUAAUGACUGCAUAAACCUUGGCAACAGUGACCUUUUGUCUUGUACAGUAGUACUGAAUCAAAAGGAGGUUUUACAAAGAUUUCUUGUAGCGGAUCAGCUUCUACUGAUUCUAGUUGAACCAGAUAAAAAGAGGCCUUGCUAUGGCGUGGUUCGUUUCGUAGGGUUACUUCAGGAUACCCAGUUAACCGGAGAUCCAAGUGAGAGUCGUGCGCUCCACAUAGUGGUGAACGAUGUCUGUUCUAGGUCACGGAAAAAUAGUGAACCAAUGCUUUGUGCCAAGUUUCUUUUCGAUGACCAUAUUAGAUGUAUGGCUGCUAAGCAAAGAUUAUCCAAGGGGCGGCAACAGGCUCGACUUGCUAAGAUCGGUCUUAUAUGUGAUCUUCUGGAAAUUCCAAGGAUCACCAGUCAACAUGAAAGCAGAAAUCCUUUUCGCAUUGUCAAAGGAUGUGCCCCUGGCUCUGUUCGUAAACAGCAGAUGAGUCGUAGCCCAAUGAGCAGCAAAUCCUCUUUGAGCUCACUUGAUGUCCCAGAUGAUCUCAGACCUAGAAACAGCUCAUCGCUAAAUCGUAGUGUGAAUAAUAUUCAGGAUGAUCAUUCAGUUUACGGGUUUAAUUUCCUUGGCCUUGUAGCAUAUUGUUAUCACAAUACACGUAUGACUGAGAUGGCCCAGGCAGAAGCACCAGUUAGUGAACAGCCCUCGACUUCCCUUACAGAUGAUGCAGGAGAUGGAAGCAGCAAGGGGUUAUGCAUCGUAGUCCUCGGAAUGGCCGGAUCGGGGAAAAGUUCAUUCGUCAGGCGUUUGGUCUCUUAUUUGCAUCAGAAGAAAGUCCUUCCUUAUGUUCUCAAUCUUGACCCAGCAGUAAAUACAGUAUCUUAUCCUGCAAAUAUCGACAUAAGGGACACUGUAAACUAUAAAGAAGUCAUGAAGGAAUACAACUUGGGUCCAAAUGGGGCGAUUAUAACAUGUCUUAAUCUUUUUUGUACUCAGUUCCAUCAAGUUUUGGAAUUGAUAGCAAAGAGGGAAAGUGUUUGUCCGUAUUUCAUAAUCGACACUCCUGGGCAAAUUGAAGCUUUUACCUGGUCGGCAUCAGGCUCGAUUAUAACCGAUCUACUAGCCUCAUCGCGGCCGACUAUGAUUGCUUAUAUUCUAGACUCCGUCAGGGCCGCAAACCCAACAACGUUCAUGUCAAACAUGCUUUAUGCCUGCUCGAUCCUUUACAGGACAAAACUUCCAUUUGUCAUCGUCCUCAACAAAGCGGAUAUAGUGAAACCAACGUUCAUUACGAAAUGGAUGAAGGAUUUUGAAAGCUUUCAAGAUGCUUUAAACGACAACAAGUCAUCAUUUAUGAACGAUCUGAUCAGAUCGCUUAGUUUGGUGCUUGACGAAUUCUACGAAAAGUUCUCUUCAGUUACUGUUUCGUCGUUGACCGGCGAGGGUUUAGAAGAAUUCCUUCUUCAAACGAAAAGUUGUGCCAAAGAGUACAGUGAGGUUUAUUUACCCAUGGUUGAAAAAAUGCAGAAUGAGAAGCUCGCUCAAGCAGAAAGAAGAAAUGCCGCGAAACUAGCAAGCUUGACUGUGAGAGAGAAGGAAGUUCUUUCAACUGUUGCAACGGAAUUACCAACGGCUCCAGUGUUUGAAAAAAUUCAUAUUGGAGGAGUCGAACAAGAAGACGAAGAAGAUGCCAACACUAUGCACUGA